ACGGACUCGUUGAAAGACUCGCCAGAACCACCGCAAACCGAUGAACAGGGCCACUACGUAGGACCUGCAUCCGGUGUUUCGUUUCUCUCUCGAAUACAAAAAAGGCUGAAAGUGCAAUCCCCUGGAUAUUUAAACACGUCCGUCUUCAACUUUGGGGAUCGUCCACUGCCCGGGCAAGAUUCUUCAUUUGCGAUUUUACCGCCAAGACCUGUAGCAGAAUCCAUGGUCAAGAGGUACUUCGACUUUGCUGCAACCACACAUCGCUUUCUACAUCGCCCUACUAUAGAGUCCUGGCUGGAGAUGUUGUAUGACACCAAUGGGUCCAUGCUUUAUAAAGAGUCUGCAAGGAGUCAAACAGCACUUCUGUUCAUGGUUUUCGCCCACUCGAAUAAUUAUCAAAACUUUUGCUCAUCACCUUUACCCCUUAGUGCUCGAUUCUUUGCUGUGGCGGAGCACCAACUCUCAAUGGAAAAGGGCGAGAUCAGGCUGGCACACAUUCAAGCGCGACUGGCACAGUGCUUCUAUCUCCUGGCGCAAUCAAGACUCAACCAUUGCUGGACGCUAUUUGGCAUCACUGCUCAAUUAGCAAUGGCACUCGGCAUCCAUAGGAAGUCACGAGUUGACCCAAAGACAUCUGAUCGCCUGGACUACGUUGACUUGGAAUGUCGAAAGCGUACUUUUUGGUGUGCUUACAACCUCAAUACCUAUCUCAGCGCUGCGUUGGGGCGGCCAAUGACCUUUCAUGACGAAGAUAUUGAUCAGGCGUUGCCGCUUUGCGUUGACGACGAUCAAAUAUACCCUGGCUAUGGGACCCGGCUAAUAGAAGGUAGCUCUUUACUGGCUUCGGCACCGGUCGCCCAAAUCAAGCUUUCGAGGAUAGUAGCCCGAGUUAUGAGAAGUCUUUACGGCAUCAAAUCAUGUUCUACUGAGGAGCACCUUGUAUUUGCUGCAAGGUUUAACAGAGACUUAUCCGAGUGGCGAGACUCGAUUUCUUACCUCCUUGACACGGCUGGACCUUCAGCGUUAUAUGUCAAGUUGGUCCUAAGGCAGCGUGAUGUUCUCAAGCUUGCUUAUUGGCACGCCCAAAUUCUUGUCCACAGACCUUUUCUCCUCAAGUCUCUCAGUAGCAUCUUUAGCAGUGGCCGUGAAAAAGGCACUGAUUAUUUGCGGUUGAGGCACGAAGAAAUUCGAAUGAACAUUCAGCUUUGCAUUGACGCCGCCAUAGAAAUUACCAAGCACAUCAAUCUAAUCAACAAUGCUGGCGAGCUCUAUAGCACGCUAUUUUUCAUACCCUAUUACGGAUUCUGUGCAGUUGUAAUACUCUAUGUCUUUUCAAUCCAGCGACGAGUCGAAACACCAGAAACCUGCUUGGACUGUUUCCGUCUAGCUUCUCGAUGUCACGCGCAGAUCGAGAGUAUUGCAACGAAUGGGUCGCUUAUGCAGCGCUACGGUGUUGUCCUGCAGGAAUUACGCCUCGAGGUUCUGCGGAACAACACCUAUCUC